AUGGCCUCGAGAUUUGCUGAUGACGAAGAUGACGUUUUGGCGCCAAAGGAACCACAGGUCACGUCAUUAGAACCUGAGGAACGUAAAGCAGCUCGAUCGCUCCGUAUUAAAAGAAGACAGGAUGCACUUAAAAGAGCUGACCAGCCCGCUGAGGAAGCAGCGGGUGAAGAAGAACCGAGUCCCAUAGAACAAGCUACUUCCACCGCUGCCGAGGAACUGCAAAGAUUGGCGCUAGAUGGCGCUGCCAAAGUUACCAAUGUCAAGGUCACUACAGAUGAGCGGGAAGUCAUCAGACGGACACAUUUCUUUAAGAAAAUGUCAAGUUCUAUGAAAAAGAUCGAGGAUGAGGCAAAUGAAGCACAAGUACAAUAUGAAGCUAUUUCGGAAAAUUGGGAAAAAAUGUUAGAAAUCAAAGAUCCUUUGGAUAUCGACGCUGAGAUGAAAGAACAAAAGAAAAAAUGCGAUGCAUUGCUUGCACAAAAGGAUGCACUUAUUGCUGAGCUUAAAAGUGACCUUAAAAAAAUGGAUGAGGGUUAUUACGAAGAUUUGGAGAAACAGGAUAAUGACAUCAAAGAAUUGUCAGACAGAAUAGAGAAACAGGUGACAAUAAUGCAAAGAGCUUAUGCAAAACAGCUGGCUCUCAUUGAAGCAGCGGUUAAUAUCGAAAGGCAAGCAAUGACCGAACACAACAACAAAAGAUGGGAGGCGCUCUACAAGCAAUGUGAUAAAGAAGAAGUUGCCCAUCUGGAGUACCGAUUUUUGCAGCUAGAUGAGCACAAACAAGAAAUGGAAGCAAUAAUGUGGGAUCACCACGAAAAAUAUCGCGAAGCCAAAAUAGAACUAGAAUCAUUAAUACAAGAAUUACAACAAGAAUUAGAAAAAUUAAAGGCUACUUGUAUAAUCAACACUGAGAAAAUUGGUUACACGUAUCAGGUCUUAAAAAAACGAGAAGAAGAAAAUGUAUUUGUAAGGUCGCAACAAAAACGUAAACUUAACAAAAUGUCGGAUGUUGCUAAUGCGUUGAGAUCGAAAAUUCGCAAAGCAGCUGAGGAUGGUGCUAUAGAAGAAAUAAAAGCAGACGCUGAAAUUGUCAAGUUAAUGCAAACAAUGGACGAUUUAGAAAAAAAAUCUGAUCAUUUUUCGCGUGUGAAUCAUUACAAGUUCACUCAAGUGUGGCGUAUGUCUACUGCAAGAUGUAUGGAGUUGAGCAAACAGCUGCGUCAUGGGGAGGUAGCAUUGCAUGCUCAUAUUCUUGCUGAACCACCUCCUCCGCCCCCGCAGAAACCACCCAAAAGCCCUCUGAAUAAACCGGAGGACAUCAAAAAAGGGCAAAUCGCAAUUAAAAAAGAAACUGAUCCUAACGACGGGAGUGAGGAAGCAAAAAUUAAUUUGAUCCGGCAUAUACUUCAACUUGUGGCUGAUAACACGGGGUUUUUAGUUGAAGACCGUUUACUGAAACUUAUAGAAAAGUACCAGACGAAAUCCAGAAAUUUGUGUACUUUAGAUGCAAUAUUUAUGGCACUAGAAAUUCAAGCGGAAGAGGAUAUAGAACUUUUAUGUGGAACGUUCCUGAACUAUGCGUUUUGUCCGAUCUGCGUCGGUAUGGAAGUGGCAUCGGAAUGUGUACCUAUUGGUUCUGGGACCUCGCAGGAUCAGCUGUCAAAAGCAGAUUCUCAACUUGGAAUUUCUAUACGGCAAAGAGCAAAUGUAAUGAUGACUGCGGGCGCUCCUGAUGGAAGCUCCACUACUACCAGACGGCCGGGAGCCCGCGGUGUUACAGUAGCAACUCUUAGGAAGGAUGAGACGAUUGCCCCUAAAAACGACGCUAAUCCCUUUUUGUGUCCAAUGGGCCAUGUCCUGGAAAUUGAAUCAAUGCAAGUACUAACGGCUUUAAAUGAAUUCAUAUCAAUUUCCGUUCCUCCCGAGAAGCAAAAGUUACAUAAUAUUUUAGAUAGCCUAAAACCACCGAAUUUUGAAACGCCAUCUCGUAAACUUACCGCGGAAGAGAUCACCAACUAUUGGGCUCAAUGGAAAAACGUAUUUCCCCCCGAAAAAGAGAAGUUUUGGGAUGGAUUGCUGACUGGACUGAAUAAUUAUUUGGAAAUCUUACAAGAACGUGAACGAGUGCACGAGGAAGUGGUGGAUUUGCGUCGUCGUAACGUAGCGCUUCGUCAAUUAGUGCGUGGCGCACUCCCUGAACUACCAGCACCGUUGCCCAAAUACGCGCAUCCCCUGCCAAAAACGUUCGUCGCACCAGUUCCGGAUACAGCGCCUACAGCAUAUGGAAGGCUACCACCUAUUUAA